AUAUGAUUAAGGCGGAUUAGAUUGUACCUUAUUCUGCACUAUAUAUUGAUAUGUAAUAUAGACAUCUUUUCAAUACUUUAUGGUCUUAUGUAAGACCAAUUGAUUAAGAUAAAUAUAUACAAUAAGUAACAUUAAUUUAAACUUGUUAAAAGAUCGAAGAAAUUUGGCUAGGUGAAUUGAAAAAUCAAAAAAUAUUGGUAACCUUAUGUGUACGAGCUUCAACAGAUUUGGUACUGUAAGUAAGGGUUAUUUAUUAUAAUAAAAGGCUUUGAAUUGGCCCCCAGGUUCUGAAGUAAUAAUUACCGGAAUUAAUAUACCUGAUAUGGUUUAAGUAUUAAGAUUAAAUGGUUUGAUUCCAGUACCUAUAGAAGUAGAUCCUCAUACAUUGGGAUGUACUCUUGAUCAAUUUAAAAAAUUUUAUUCUGAAAGAGUACUUUUGAAUUAUAUUAUCAGACUAAAGGAAUAAUGAUUUCAUAUGUAUUUGGAGCUAAGUUUGAUGCAUCUGAAGUUAUUGAUUGGGCAAAAUCAAAAGGAUUGUUCAUUAUGGAAGAUGAAGCAGAAAGUUUUAGUGCACCUAAUGCAAAAUGUAUAAUUAAGUAAUAUUUCAUUAGUAAAUCCUAAUGUGGAUUUUUCCACUUUUAGUUUUGGUUCUAUAAAAACUUGUUCUGCUUUUGGAGGAUCAAUAAGUGUUAUCAGAAAUAAUGAAGCUCUUUAUAGAAAAAUGAGAGCAAUUUAAGAAACUUAUCCAAAAUGGUCAUAAAGAAAGUAUUAAUUAUGAAUUUAAUUAUACUAGUUAUUUUAAAAGAACCUUAAAGAAUUUAAUUCCUAUGAUUUUAUUAAAUAGUAAAACAAUUAAUAGAAGUUCAAGAUGGAUUUUCAUAAAUUUAUUUCCUAAUUGGGAUUACAAAGAGUUUGUAGUUAAUAGUAUUAGAGGAUUUUAAAAAAACCCAUAAGAUAUACUAUAGACUUAUAGAUUUAGAGUUCCUGAUCCUAUGUUGGUAAUGUUAGCUUUAAGAAUGAAAACAUUUGAUGUUGAUUAAUUCAAUAUAUCAAUAUCUCGUUAAUUGGCUGGACAAAGUAUUUUAAAGAAAGGUGGUUUACUUGUACCAGGUCAUGCGGUGGAAGAUAGAAAAUUUUGGUUAAAAAAUUUAAAGUUAUAUUUUCCUCAGGCUUUACCCUGUUGUUGUUCCAGAUCCAGAAACUACAUACAAGAUUUUAAAUUCAAGAGGAAUUGAUGCCUAUAUGGGAGUCACCUAAUUAGAUAUUGUCGAAAGUCCUAUUGGAAGUUCCUAUUAAUAUCCAAACAGUACUUUAUCAUAUUUUAAAAAUGUAAAUUGAUUCAGUUGAUAUCAGAUUCUUUAUCUACCGAUUCAUCAAAAUGCAGAUUUAAAAUCAAUUCAGCGUAUUUGUAAAGAAGUUGUUGAAGUUGUGGAGAUGUUGAAGAAUCAACACCCUAAAUUGUGA